AUUGGCCUGGAAUAAGACUUCCAGAAUGAGCAUUCCAGUCUAAACAUCUAACACAAACACGAACAAAAUUUUCGGCUCUGCUUAGACGUGCGACUUUUUGGUGGCAGUGGGGAAAUAGUUAGCGGUCAGAUCAGCAGAAUGGCUGACCAAGACGAGAAGAAAAAUGACAGUAAAGAAACCCCACGGCCCACGAACGCAGCCACAGAAUUUGGUCUGGAGGACCAUAUAGCCACACAGCAGGAUCCACGAGUGGCGGCUCUGAAAAAGGCUGACGACGCGCGGCGACUGUCGACGCAGAGUGGCAGAUCGGUCAGGCGUGCUACGUCUCAGCAUAGAGCUCCAGUAACGCCCCAGCCUCAAGUUGCGAUUACCCCAACACUUCAAACCGAAUCUGUGCCUGUGACCGCACCUGAAUCGCAGUCAAUGUCUGCGCUUCCUCAUUAUGAAUCUCGGAUAGAACCACAGCCCCAUUCCGAUAAACAGCCCUACAAUGCUGCCACGGAUUACGGCUUGGAGGAAACUAGAGCCACAGCUCAGGAUCCUAGGGUGGAGCGCAUCAUGAAAUCCGAGCGAAAGCCAAAGGCACAGUCACGGCUGCAAUCACAGCCGGCAUCACAGUCGGAUAUACAGAAGCAACCACUGAUAGUGCAGCCGGCAGAAGCAACACAGAAAGCGGAACCUUCACCCCCUUCACCACCUUCACCACCUUCACCGCCUUCACCACCUUCACCACCUUCACCAGCUGCACCACCUUUGGAAACAAAAGAAGCUACACAACCGAAGCCAGAAAAACCCAAUAUACCUGCACCACCUCUGAGGCCGGAGGACGUGCGAAUGCCACCGCCCACAAUUUAUAGUAGUGGCUGUGUUACGGGUGCUUGUCCUCUGCCAGGAAGAGGACAGGCACGCGGUAAGACGACUUGCAGCCCGGCUUGCGGUCUGCCAUGUAAGAGUAAUCCGAUAGAUGAAUGGAAAGACCCGGACGAUGAACCGGAUAACAACAAGAGGGUUAACACCGACUAUACCAUCGAUCCGUCGAAGGAGUUUACUCGGACAAGGACAAGCACUAAACCCCUGACAGAUGAGAGUGAAAAUGUUAGUACAGAAGCUAAUGAUGUACCAGCGACAAAGAAACCGCUAAUGCAUAAAGAUGUUAGUGAAAGCCAUAUAGCGGGGACAGCAACACCAAAACCGUAUGAAAUAGGUUCUCUAGAAAAUAGUGGAAGUGAUACGGCGUUGACAGAGACACCCUCUCUGACUGAGCUCUUCAAGGUGGCCAGCAAACAGGUGAAGGCGGCGGGUGCCAUGGCGCUGGAAGCGAACAAAGUUAGGCAGGAGUACACAACCAAAAAGCAUGAGCACGAUAUCCUGACCCGCACCGAUAACGAGGUGGAGGAGAAGUUCAUACGAGAGAUGAGCGCGCGGUAUCCAAACCACAAAUUCAUUGGUGAGGAGGCCAUAUCCAAGACAGAUACUGGCCAGGUGGAGCUCACAGAUGAACCUACCUGGAUCAUCGACCCUAUUGAUGGUACGAUGAACUACGUGCACCGCUUUCCCUACUACUGCAUCUCAGUGGCUCUGAUAAUCAAUAAGCAGCCCGAGUUCGGUAUCAUUUACAAUCCACCCAUGAACGAAAUGUACACGGCCCGUAGGGGAAAGGGCGCUUACCUGAAUGACUCGCCCAUCAGGACAAGCGGGCAGAAGAGUCUGGAGCAUUCCCUCGUCCUACAGGAGUACAGCACGGGAAUAAACGAAGAUCGCAAUACGAUUGUCCUCAGCAAUACCGAGCGUCUGCUCAAGAAGACCCAUGCGAUGCGUUCCAUUGGCUCCUCGGCCAUGGGCCUGGCCAUGGUUGCCUCGGGAGUUGCCGAUGCAUUCUACUACUUUGGUCUGCACAUCUGGCAUAUGGCAGCGGGCGUGAUCCUGGUUCAGGAAGCCGGUGGAGUCGUUAUCGAUCCUGCCGGUGGUGAGCUGGACCUCAUGUCCAGGCGCUGUCUAGCAGCCGCCUCCAUGCCCUUGGCCAGAGAAUUAUCCGAUCAGUUGGACCAAAGCUAUCCCUCACCACGCGACGACCAGCCAAAAUCCAAAACCCCGAAAGUCGAGACUAAAGAUUUUAUUGCACAAACUGACUUUACCGACUCAUCCGAUUCCCUAGUCUCGGGUAGUGAGUCGCCCACCCAAGCCAAACCACCAGUGACUGCUAACCAAUAAGUCUAAGCCAAUAAAUUAUUCAGUUACUUACUAAA